GUCACUGUCACGAAAGAGAGCGAGUCACAUGAGGAAAUCAUGAAUAUCGAAGGAGUCAUCGACUAGAGGACGCCCUUGAUCCAAUACCUAGAGCAUGACAUCGCUCUGCAACAUCGAGUAGAGCAGAAAGCGCUCAAGCAAAGGGUUGUCCGAUACUCAAUGGUGGAUGGCCAAUUAUGCAGGAGGUCAUUCUCAGGGGCAUACCUAAACUGCCUAGGUUUAGAAGAAGCGCGAUGGACCCUAAGUGCGAUUCACCAAGGGACGUGUCCUACACACGAUGAUCCCCGGUCAUUCGAAAGGACGAUUCUCUUGCAGGGCUGCUACUGGCCAACGAUUAAGAAAGACGUGUCAGACGUCGUCCUGAAAUGUCAUGCAUGCCACCAAACACCACCUUCCUAGCUCCGAGAUACAAAGCGUGUUCGGUCCUUGGCCGUUCGCCAGAUGGGGCCUUGACAUCUUGGGACCCUUUCCCACGGCCCCUCUUGGGAAGAAAUACUUAGUGGUGGCAGUCGAUUACUUCACCAAAUGGAUUGAAGCGGAACCGCUCGAGACAAUCACAAGUGCCAGGGUCCAAAAGUUUGUAUGCAACAACAUCAUGAUCCGUUUCGGCAUCCUGCAUUCGAUCAUCAAGGAUCAUGGCACGCAAUUCGACUGCAGGCCAUUUGAGAAUUUCUGCGCCAGAAACCGCAUCACGUGUACCAUGGCAUCAGUGGCAUACCCACAAACCAAUGGCCAGGCCGAAGCAUCCAACAAGAUGAUACUCCAAGGACUGAAGAAGCGUCUCCGAGACGCCAUAGGGGCAUUGACGACUGAGCUUCCGCACAUCUUAUGAGCGCAUCGCACAACCCACAAAACAGCCACGGGCGAAACACCUUUCGCUCUAACUUAUCGCUCUAAAGCGGUCGCCCCAAAAGAGAUGAACCUACCCUCCCUCCGUGUCCAAGCAUAUCGCCCAGAGAGCAACCACAAGAAGUUGUUGGAACAGCUGGACAUGGUAGAGUCACGACGCGACGCGGCCAUGGAACGCAUCAUGAACGAGAAAGCCAAGGUAGUCGCCUCCUACAACAAAAAGGUUAAACCACGACCUCUCGAAGAGGGAGACAUGGUUUGUGAUGUCUCGAUUUUGGAUUUAAGUUCAACAUCAACUACCAGGGGAAUUGGAACAACAUGACAAGCAGAAUUGGCAUUUUAUUUCACCACGUUUGGAUCAAGCUGGGGAGUAAAAAGGGCAGUGAAGCACUUAUGGUUACACGAGUGCUGCAAGCUAAGGAAACUUAUUUGAGCAAAAGGUACCAACGAAGUUGUUAUAGUAAGAAUAGAUGAUUGUGGGAAGGAAGAACAAGAAGGGUGUUGAUGGAAGAAUGCUUUCCAAACAAAUUUCGGGGACGAAAUUUGUAUAAGGGUGGAGGAAAUGUAACAAUCCAACCUUUGGGUUUAGGUUCGACCUUAAUACGUGAUCGGUUGGAUUGACGGUUAUGCGCUAAGAGUUACAACCGCGGAUUAAGAAUAAUAAUAAUAUUAUUAUUAUUAUUACAUUAUUAGUUUUUUUUAAAUAAAAAAUAAAAAAGUCUAUUAGUGGGGCGGCCAAAGUGGUUGGUGCCUCCACUCCCCCACAUCAAAAUUAUUAAUUCUCCCCCACCCUAAUUCUUUCCCAGCCGCAACGUCCCAGAGGGAAAAAAAAACCCAAACCCUUCGGUAGCAGCCGCACACUGGAGAAGGAAGAAGAGGGGAAAAAGAAGAAGAAGAACAACAAGAAGAAGAAGAAAGGCAGCGCCUGCUCUCCACUGUCGACCCCGAUUUCCCGAUCCCAUCCCUUUCGUAUUUCUAGGUAAGGAUCACGAACCUCUUCGCGUUUUCUAAAUUCGAUUCAUCGGUAGUCUAAUCCGAAACUCGUAUUUUAUUAGCGGUGACGUUUGAGGGUUCGAUCAUCGAUCAACGAGGAAAUCAACGUCCUGAGCCAUCCAACCUAGUCCUAGGCACGUUCUAGAGGUAAGGGAACUCGAUCCCUUCGAGUUUGUUUGAUCGUUUAUGUGAUAUUUUGUGAGAGUGCAAUUCUGUGUUUUAGCAACAGGCUUUUAGUGACAGAUUUUGGGUGGUCACUAAAAAUGCUGGGAAUUUCCAGAAACGUGUUUUAAGAUAUUUAAAUUGUUACGAGCCUCUUUCGGUGAUAUUUUCUAGAUUUAGAAAUUUUAUAAAUUGAGGGUUGUCUAGGAGAUGGUUAUAAUUUAAUUUUGGGAUUUUAGAAGAUGUAUUUCUAUUUUUAGAAAUUUUUCGAAUGUUAAUUUUAAUUAAAUAAAACUCUUACCGAGGGGAUUCUAAGGGUUUGAUAAUUUUGCAGUAUAGGUGCUCCGUGCUCGUGCUCAUGAUUGACAUAGAAAAAUUAUUAUCAUAAUUUUUAAGAAGGUUCAAGUUAGGUGAAAAAUUCGUUCAAGACAAAAAUAAUUAGGAAAAAUGGUCGAUUUUGAAGGGAUUAUUUCUAGAAAAAUUUUAAAGGGGGUUAAGGGACCUUUGGAGCGAGGCUCGAGGGCUGGAUUUUGAGAAGAGGAUGUUCUAGUGAUUCAAAAGGGGUUUUAAAUCGAGAAAAGUCGUCAAAGAAAAUGGAUUGUUAUUA